AUGGGUUCGGUGGGCAUAGCGCCUACUUCUGGCUUAAGGGAAUCAAGCAGCCAUGCUGUGGGGGUUGAUAGAUUGCCCGAGGAGAUGAAUGACAUGACAAUCCGGGAUGACAAGGAAAUGGAAGCUACAGUUGUGAAUGGUAAUGGGACUGAAGCUGGCCACAUAAUUGUUGCUGCAAUUGGGGGUCGAAAUGGCCAGCCAAAGCAGACCAUUAGUUACAUGGCUGAACGCGUUGUCGGGCACGGAUCAUUUGGAGUAGUGUUUCAGGCGAAAUGCUUAGAAACAGGAGAAACAGUUGCCAUCAAGAAGGUUCUUCAAGACAAAAGAUACAAAAACCGAGAGUUACAAACCAUGCGUCUCCUUGACCACCCAAAUGUUGUGUCCUUGAAGCACUGCUUCUUCUCUACAACUGAAAAGGAUGAACUAUAUCUUAAUCUGGUACUUGAGUAUGUCCCAGAAACUCUUCAUCGUGUUGUCAAGCACUAUAAUAAGUUGAACCAGAGGAUACCACUGAUAUAUGUCAAGCUGUAUUCUUACCAGAUUUUCAGAGCGUUGUCUUAUAUCCACCAUGGUAUUGGAGUGUGUCACAGGGACAUCAAGCCUCAAAAUCUACUGGUAAAUCCGCAUACCCACCAGGUUAAAUUAUGUGAUUUUGGGAGUGCCAAAGUUUUGGUUAAAGGGGAGCCCAACAUUUCUUACAUCUGCUCUAGGUAUUAUAGAGCACCCGAGCUUAUUUUUGGAGCAACUGAGUAUACUACAGCUAUCGACAUUUGGUCUGCUGGCUGUGUGCUGGCUGAGUUUCUUCUUGGGCAGCCUUUAUUUCCUGGUGAGAGUGGAGUAGACCAGCUUGUUGAGAUUAUUAAGGUUUUGGGUACUCCAACCAGGGAGGAAAUAAAAUGCAUGAAUCCUAACUAUACUGAGUAUAGAUUCCCACAAAUUAAAGCUCAUCCGUGGCACAAGAUUUUCCACAAACGCAUGCCUCCAGAAGCUGGUGAUCUUGUUUCAAGACUGCUACAAUACUCUCCUAAUUUACGUUGCUCGGCUUUGGAUGCUUUGAGCCACACCUUCUUUGAUGAGCUACGGGAGCCAAAUACCCGUCUGCCAAGUGGACGUUUUCUUCCUCCACUUUUCAAUUUCAAGCCUCUUGAGUUAAAGGGUGUGCCAGCAGAGACCCUAGUGAAGUUGAUUCCCGAGCAUGCCAGAAAGCAGUGUCCUUCCAUUGGAUUAUGA